AUGAAUCUAGUCAAAGUGGAGUUGGAUCGGAGACCACAGAAAACUAUACCAACCAAUUUACAACUAAUCAGGAAGUCCUGCGUCCUAACUAUGCAUCAAGUGAAAAAAGUGCUGUUGAAUAAGGAAAGUGAUGCUACCAUGUCUUUGGAAGAUGAUUUUCUUAUUUUCGAGAGUAAAGAUGCAUUACUUCAAUGGGUCCGUUCUGUUGGUAGGAAGAAUAAUAUGGUGAUUAUCAUUAGGAGGUCUGAUACAGGUGUUGUUGGGAAUAAGAAAAAAAGACCGAAAUUGAGAUUUUGUUGUGAACGGGGUGGUGACUAUAAGCGAGUUGUGAAAUCCAACACCAAUACUGAAAAGUCUAAUGCAGAGAGCAAGGAAAAAGAUGAUGGAUCUAGUGAAAAGAAAGAGCGUCCAAGGGCUAGUGGUACAAAAAAAUGUGGGUGUCCAUUCGCAUUGAGGGGCAUAAAUAUUGUUGGAGACGAAUGGAUGUUAGAGGUGACAUGUGGAGUACAUAAUCAUCCUCAUUCUCAAUCCCUUCAUGGUCAUUCUUAUGCUGGGAGAUUAUCUAAGGAAGAACAUGCUAUGUUAGUAGACAUGACGAAUAGUUUGAUGAAACCGAAGGACAUUUUGACUGCCUUGAAGAAACGAGAUCCAGAAAAUGUAACAAUCAUGAAGACGAUAUACAAUGUGAGGAAAGUGCAUAGAAUGAAACUAAUGGCCGGACGAUCGCAAAUGCAAAGUUUGCUACAGAAGUUGUCAGAACACAAUUAUAUUGAGCACCAUAGGAGUGAAGGUAAUAUUGUAACUGACAUAUUUUGGUGUCAUCCUUAUAGUCUUCAAAUUUUACGUACGUUUCCUCAUGUACUUAUCAUGGAUUGUACCUAUAAGACCAAUAGAUAUCGUUUUCCACUUUUUGAGAUUGUGGGGGUAACAUCCACUGAGAUGACCUUUAAUGUUGCAUUUGUCUACAUCUUAAAAGAGACAGAAGACAAUUACACAUGGGCUUUGAGUAGGUUGAGAACUCUUCUAGAUCAUUGUACUCCUAGUGUUUUUGUGACGGACCGUGAAUUAGCACUAAUGAAUAGUAUAAGCAAAAUAUUUCCUGAUUCACGACAUCUCCUGUGUAAAUGGCACAUCAACCGAAACGUGAUGAAAGAAUGCAAGAAAAAGUUCGCGACAGCAGAAAUGUGGAUUAUGUUUCUCAAUGCUUGGAACACUGUUGUUGGUUCUACAACUGAAAGUGAGUAUUGGGCAAACCUGUUGGAAUUUGAAUCUAAAUUUAGUACAUAUCCUAAUGAGCUUCGUUACUUAAAGAGAACUUGGUUAGACAACUACAAAGAGCGAUUUGUAGUUGCAUGGACAGAUACUUGCAUGCAUAUUGGUACCACAACUUCUAACCGGGUGGAAAGUGCACAUGCAAAGUUAAAGAGGCAACUGAAUUCUAGCCAGUUGGACUUUAAUAUUUCAUGGGACCAUAUACACUCAUUGAUAGAGUUGCAUCAUACAGAUAUCAAGGCAUCUUUUGAGAAAAGUAGGUGCUUUUUGCAACAUGAUUUUAAGCAUGAGUACUUGAAGGAGUUAAUAAGUUAUGUGUCUAUCACGGCCUUGAACAAAAUAGUGUGUGAAGCUAAUAGGGCUGAUUCAAUUAAGAAAGAUGUCGCUUGUUGUGGUUGUGUGAUACGUGUUACACAUGGUUUACCUUGUGCGCAUGAGAUUGCAGAGUACAAACGCUCCAACCGGCCUAUUCCUAUUGAUGCAGUUCAUAAUCAUUGGAGACAGUUGGGUAUCAAUCAAGCCAUACAUAAUGACACCGAAGAAAAGGUUCCGGUAAAACAACAUAUGCUUCGAUUAGAGACAUGGAUUAAACAACAAAAUGAUGAAGAUAGACGACAUUUAUUGAUAAAAAUUGAUGAGUUGAUGAAUCCAGGUAGUACUUUUCUAACAGAACCUGUAGAGAGGGCAAAGACGAAAGGGCGUCCACACAAGACUGACACUAGUACUCGUCGUUUGCCAUCUGGCUUUGAGAUUGAAAAUACUCUUUCAGGUCCUGACAGUCACUCACAGGCACCUACUGUUUAUGAAGUUGGUCAAGAUGUUCCCCAUGGUCCUAUUAUAUCAAUUCAGAAUACUACAUCAAGUAAGAAACCUAAGGAUUGUACAACUAAAAUUAAGAGCCCAGAAGAUACUAGAUUUGCCCUUACGAAUAAAUAUAAUUUGCAAUUUCGAGUUGGGAUGCAGCCCUAUAUUGUAGGUGCAUGUGAUGUUGAAUCUGAUGGCAACUGUGGAUAUAGAGUUGUGGCUUCAGCAAUGGGUUUUGGUCGGAAAUCAUGGCGCAAAGUUCGUAGGGAUUUAUUAAACGAGUUGCAUAGUAUGCGAGAACUGUAUGUAAUUCUCUUUGGUGGAACUGAGGUUGAGAAGGUUCAGCAAACGCUUAACCAUUAUGGCUCUGGAAAUGCAGCGGAAAAGUAUUGGAUGUACUUUCCGGAAAUGGGUCAUUUAAUUGCAACAUGUUAUGGUGUAGUGGUAAUAUUUCUAUCAGAAGGGCAAUGCAUAACAUUCCUCCCCCUAGUAGAACACAAGAUUGGGCAGUUCAGUAAUGAUGAGCUCAAAGAGAUCGGAAUUGGCCAUGUGAACGAAAACCAUUUUGUGCAUCUUAAAUUGUCUCUUGGACAUCCCUUGCCAUAUCUUGUACCAAAUUGGGAAAGAAAUGCUGACGUCAAAGUUCGACAUUUGUUUUCUAUAUAUCAGGACCGCCUAAAUCGUUUCAAAGAGUGUUGUCCAAGAAAAGUACAUCCAGAAUCAUUCACAAUUGACGAUUGA